AUUCAGGGAGUAUAUAAAGUUUGAACUACUGUUCGUGGAAAAACUUCGCGCCAGGCAGAAGGUCCUAAGUCUUGAGAAGGACGAAAAAGUGACGAAAGAAGAAGAGAAGAAUGUCGAUGACGAUGAGAAGGAGGAUGAGGAGAAUGAUGAUGAUUCAGAGGAUGAGAUUGAGAAGUUAGAAAAAGAAAAGAAGAAAAGGGAGAAAAAAGAGCGGAAAGACAAGAUGAAGGAUGAGGUUGAUGAUAAAAUUCUCAACUUUGGACUUGUCAAUCUUGUUCUUGAGGCUGCCCUUGUAUCCAUCCCUGAACCUGAGUUUGCGGUUUCCCUGCUGGUGACAGUUCGUCAGUUCCCUGGGACCCUCCCAGUCCAGCAGAAUAUCCUCAAUAUCCUGGAGCAAACCUUCAGCCAACAUCCUGUCACCCUGGAUACCAAGGCUAGAAUGUGCCUAGAGAAGGGCGGAAAGAUGGCGGAUAGAAUCAGGCAGUGCUGCACUCUCUACACAAACAGCCUGGAGGAGAAACCGUCCCAGGAGCUCUUCCAUCUCGCCUUCUCAACCCUCAAUGAGCUCCCCCUCACUGCUCCCAGCUGCUUCAGGCUAAUAAUGAGCGAAGUGCUGAAGCUGCUGAAGUUUGGACAGAAGAAUGAACUCCUGGAUGUGGAAGAAUACGGGUUCUGGCUGCGUCUCAUCAAGGUUGAGGGGAACGAGGACGAGUUGAAAUCUCUGACUGAAGAUGCUCUUCGCAGGUUUCCGGGCGAGGUUGAUUUCUGGUUGUUGAAGCUUGGCCUUGACUUGAGGACAGGGGGAGAUGAGUAUAAGAACAGUCUCCAGGCUGCUCGGGCUGCUGUCAAGGUUGAGACGAAGGAGAAGUUGUGGACAGGAUUCAUCACCCUGAUGAACAAGACAGGGAGGGCAGAAGAUGCUUAUAUUCAACUUCAAGAUGCAGCAGUUCAAGAAAACUGUGGUGAGCUGCGUGUCCUGCUUCUUGAACGAACUCGCGAGAAGGGCGUAGAGGCCUGUAGAGGAAUUUAUUCAAGGUUUACUAAUCUUCCUCCGUUCAAGGAAGAAUUCUUUAACACCAUGUUAGAAAUAGAACUGGAACAACCAAAGGUGAUAAAGAAGAAUGUACGUGAAGUGUACAGUAGUGUAUGUACACACUACGGUACAACAAGUGUACAGUGCUGGCUAGACUGGAUACAGUGGGAGGAGAAAACUGGAAGUGCCCUUGAGAUAUCAACCAUAGUCUGUAGAGCCGAGGCCACCCUACCUCCUAACCUCAGGAAUAAAUUUACCACUCUUAGGGAGAUGCAAAGUAUCUAGAAACUUAUUUUUUUUUCAGAAAAAA